GUUUGUUUGAUCACCUCCAAGUGUCUUUAUUUUUCUCAUCUUCUCCAUUAUUUUUCUCCCCAUAACUUGUCGGAAUCAUUCAACACCUUCAUAUAUACCACUUUCACACGAAUACCACUAUAUCAAACCAUCUACUAUCUUAGUUAUCACCUCAUCUCUUUGCAAACUCAUCCAUGUCUACCUCAAGAUCACGCUACCGACAAACCAGACCAUCGAGGAUCACCGACGAUCAAAUCGCGGAUCUCAUAUACAAGUUACAACAACUCAUUCCUAACGAUCAUCGUCGCAAGGGUUCAAGUGCAAAGGUAUUGGAGGAGACAUGUAGUUACGUUAGAAGUUUACAGAGAGAAGUUGAAGACUUGAGUCAAAGGCUAUCAGAGCUUUUGCAGUCCAUGGACACCAACAGUCCACAAGCAGCCAUCAUUAGAACCUUACUUAUGUCACCCUAGCUAAUAUAUUUAUUUAUCUCUAUAUAUGUUAUUUGAUCAAUGUCAUUUUGAUUUCUUCUGCAUGUACGUACAUUUUCCUUGAGUAUGUUCAAUUGCUAAGAAUUUCUCAAAACAUACACACAAUAUAUAU